GUGAGGCCUUUGGGCAUGUAAAAGCAUUUAAAAAGCUCAGGUGUUGUUCUCACCCUUCAGUUUGCAACGGCUGCAGAAAACGCAACAACAUUCUUGUGCUGUGUUGAGCCACUGGAUUUAAGGACAUGUUGCUGUUGAUUUUGAUGCUUUUUGUUCCUCCCUGCACUACACUUGAAAAAUCAAGUUGCAAAGGCGGAACUAUUCAAUUGGAAGGUGGAAGAAAUGUGACAAAAGAAGGGAAUCUGAUUUUCAUUUCAACUGAAGGACAAAGAAAAACGUUAAUGUAUAAAGGCAAGGCUACAGACCCACGUAUCACAGUUUCGUACAGCAAAGUACUUCUUAAAGGAUUGCAAAAAGAAGAUGAAGGAAAAUAUCAAUUUACAUCUCUCAGAGGGCUUGUAAACCAGUAUGAGGUAAAAGUAAUAGAAUGUAUUACAAAGAAGUAUAUGGAGAGUGUUUCCCUUGGGGUUCCUGAAAGAGCUCAGUACCUGUAUUUUAAGGGUUCGACUGAAAAACUGGAAAAACUCUGGGAUCGUACAAAAAGUCAAAACACUGAUAAAAGAGUGAUUGUGAAGAACAAUGUCUGGAAAAUGGUCAAUCUCACUAAGGCAGACGAAGGAUUCUACUUGUUUGUUCGUGAAGACAAAAAAGUUGAGCUAACGAUAAAGCUAUCUAUAAAAGAAGAAACCCAGGAUUAUAAACUGAAAGUGAAUGAGAGCCUCUUCAUUAAAUUUCCUGAGCGUGGAGGACCUUGGGAUGUGGUGUUCAAGUCAAAAAAUAAACAACAGAGGGUGAUGAUCAAAAAUCAACUAGUUUUGGAAGGCACUGGAUUCGAGGGGAGAAUUACUAUUCAGAAUAAUAGCAUUGAAAUUAAAUCAGUGACAGCAGAAGAUUCUGGAACGUUUAACUUCUAUGACCAACAAGGCAACCUGGCAAUGUCUGUUAAGCUGGAUGUUGACUCUGGAUCUAAUCACCUAGCUGCUUAUAUUGUUGUUCCGUUGGUCCUUCUGGUGGUUUGUGUGGGUGGUGGUUCUGCUGCAAAAAAAGGUAAAUCAAAACCUAGCGAGGAAGCUUUUGUCUCUCCCGAUCCUAACACUGUGCAUGCUUCGCCGCCUGAUACCAACAUGUAUCCUCUGCUACAUCAGGUUCCGCCUCCAGAAACUUCUACGUCUAUGCACUACAAGAUGUAGUUUUCACCUCUGGAUGCUGAGCCACUGACUGAUCAUGCAAAAACAUAGAAAAAAGGGAUUUAAAGUUCUGAAUAACCCAAUUUUGUUGCAAGCUUUAUCAAGAGAUUAGUUGAAUGUUGUUUUCAGAAGUGUGUGUGUGUGUGGGCGGGG